CUCAACUUGACCCCGCGCUCCACGGCGCCCCGGACCGGCAUGCGUUUGGGACCUGCGAGUGGAAAAAAGAGGGGGGGAUGAACAACACGCCGCCAGGAUUACGGUUGGUGUGUGGACUUGACUUUUCUUUGCCGCUAAACGUAGUGUUGCUUUGCUUCGGCGGGACCUCGUUGUUUGGCGGCUUCGUCAAUGCUCUUCCAGAAGUAUUUGCAGUGCAGGCUCAGGCCUCCGACGGUGAUCGGCCAGUUCCACACCUUGUUCUUCGGCUCGGUGCGGAUGUUCUUCCUGGGAGUUCUGGGCUUCGCCGUGUACGGAAAUGAAGCACUGCACUUCAGCUGUGACCCGGAUCGCAGGGAACUCAACCUCUACUGCUACAACCAGUUCAGACCCAUAACGCCGCAGGUGUUCUGGGCUUUGCAGCUGGUCACGGUGUUGGUUCCGGGGGCCGUGUUCCACCUCUACGCCGCCUGCAAGAACAUCGACCAGGAGGAGAUCCUUGAGCGACCCGUCUACACCGUCUUCUACAUCAUCUCCGUUCUCUUGCGCAUCAUUUUGGAGGUCAUCGCCUUCUGGCUUCAGAGUCAUCUCUUUGGCUUCCAGGUCCACCCGCUCUACAUGUGCGAUGCCAGUGCCUUGGAGAAGACCUUCAACGUGACCAAGUGCAUGGUGCCUGAACACUUUGAGAAAACCAUCUUCUUGAGCGCCAUGUACACCUUCACCGUCAUCACCAUCCUCCUGUGCGUGGCCGAGAUCUUUGAGAUCCUCUGCAGACGACUGGGCUAUCUCAACAACCACUGACACCAACCGCCGUCGCUUCUCUCGGGUCGGGCAAGUGAGAAAUAGUCCGUCUUUGCCCGAGGGCGCUCACCCCACGGGACAAGCGGGAGGACAAAAGGAACGCGUGGUGUACUUUGACGACGGGACGCCCGCUCAUCCCUCGAGAAGCUUCUUGGCUCCGGACCACAGGUACCUGUGUGUGCGUGCGAGUGGGUGGCCGUCUCCAGCCCAUCGCGACCUUUCCCACAUCGACAGAAAGACACUUGUAGAUCGGGACCCCCCCCCCCCCCCAAAAGGACUGUGAUGACUUUCAAGUAUUUCAAGUUUGACAGAAAGGCUUUGUGUACUUUCAGAUAGUUUUUGUCCCGAACGUUGUGUACGUUCAAAUCACAAUUGACUGGUCGUAUCUGUGGGAAAAGAUUCAGUUGAAGUGGAAUCGCGGACUCGUCUGAGCUUAUGUAUUCCAUUGAACAACAUUGAGUGUUUGCGACCCUUUGGCGCACAUUUACUUCUUGUCAAUGUCAACGCUUGACUUUUAUCUCCUUCAUCAGACAUCCAUCCAACUUUUGGUUGUGAAGGUUUCAUCUGUCUUUCAUCUCAGGUACAAACUCGCAUCAGCAGACAAAAGCGAAUCGAUCACUUUGUAUGCUCUCAAAGGCGCCGCUGUUGUUUCUUUGCGCAUGUAAGCGGAUGCUGGUAGGAUUUGCUUGCUGCUCAGCCAAAGCGCCACAUUGUGACAUUGUUCAUUCACUCUGCGGCGCUCCAAGCAAACUCGCAUUUAAAGCGAAACGCUUCGGGUUGAAACGAUCCCAAUCCGUGAUGAUGAGUCGCGGGUUCCCAAAAACCCUGACUCGAACCCGUCUGGCGCUAAGCUAGUAGCGAUUCCUUGCGGUCGUUUUGCGCGCGCACGUUUGUGUCGCUGGCGGCCGGCUGCUAUACGUACAUCUUCCUUCUGGCUUCACCCACACCAUCCCCUGCUCGGGGCAUCGAUCGCUAGCCGCUCAUCAGCCGACACUCUACCGAGGAGAUGGCCUCGCGUCGCAUGAUCCAGUCAGCCAAACGCGGCGACUACUACCUCAGCGACUGAGUCGAUACCAUCGAGGUGCUAACGCAACUGAUACCUUUGACGUGCUUAACGGCAAAUAGCUUCAACUUGCUCAUGUAGCUGGCUGUUAGGCCAGCAGCUUCAAUAUGUUCCUAAUUUAUUUCAGUUCAUUGUGAAUCAUCUAUAGACGUGUGGAAUGAGUGACUGAUUCAUACAUUUCAAAUAAAUCCGAAUUUUUCA